AUGGCAUGUCCUCAACCGCCGGGUCUCUUGCCGACAGAGGUAGCGUUCCUGUGCGAAAUGGAGCAAGUGACGAUUGUUCCACGACAGCGCCUCGACCGACUCGACUUACUGGGCGGCCCAACACGACCUCUGAUCCCUCCACAACGAACGACACUACCACUGUGGCUAGCAAUGCUGCUGAAACGGCAGCGGCGCGCCAACGUGGUGCCACCGCCGUGGCUGCAGACCGACAACCUAGAAUUCAUCCUCGACCUGGAGACACGGGCGUUUCGUGAUGAAUUCUCUCCAGCGGCACCGAUUCCGGCGCGACGGGAGGCCGACUUCUCGGGCAAGCCCUUCUACACAUCCUCGCCUUUCGCUCCCUCCUGUACCGUCGAUGCCCACCCUACUGCCUUGCCGUACCAUUGGUUUGAACUCUCCGAGAUCCUGCUCGAAGCUGCAAGCGAUGACGUUGGUGAGCCGGAUCGUGUGCGGCAAUUACUCAGGGACAUACGUGAAGUGCGACUGGCGAAAAUGAGGAAAGGCGUCGAAGUGUUGAGCGGGGACGGGGUGGGCUUGAGGCUCGAUGGUGUUUGUGCCAUGGAGAUCUCUGAGUCACGGGGGUUCAUUACGGCUGUGAUGGAUGGGUUGAGAAAGAUUGACGCUAGUAGAGAACAAGCUCGACGCGAACGGGAGGACGAAGAAAGAGAGAACCGCAGGUACAACGAUGACGACGCCGAUGAAGACGACGAGAUGACCUGA